CCCCACGUUGGACUCGGAAAUGCUUUGCUGCUUGGGUUUAGUCCAUAUUAAUUAAUUCGGCUGCACCCAAUUUAGUCUCAUUCCUCCUGCCACCUCUUUAAUAGGUUGAGUUUACAGGAUCACUAGCUGCAGCAUUACCCAGAAAUAUGGGCAAGGUAAGCCAAAAAAACUCUGUUUAAAGUGAUGACUUCCGGGCUGGGCACUACACAUCCCUGCCUGGUGGACUGAUCGAUUCCCCAUGCUCUACAUCUAUUCUGUUCGACUUCACACUCCAAGCCUGCAGCUUUCGAAGCCGGUAACGGAGGGUCAUGACCUGGGUGCAUAACCUCGAGCGUCCAGAUCCGCACAGCCAUGUCCCCCGGGUCAUUGCUAUCUGCCUGACCUUCAGCAUCAGUGCCGUACUGGCCGUCGUGCUGAGGCUAUACAUCCGGUGGCAUACAAAGCGUCCCAUCUGGGUCGACGACUAUGCAGCAGCCUGCAGUGCGGUGUUGGGCAUGGCUUAUGCGGGGAUCGCGGUGGGCCAAACCCGGUAUGGCCUCGGGCUGGACGCAGCGUACUUUCCCGAUGCCAAUGUGGUGAUGUUCAGCAAGAUCCAAUACGCCGGGGGGCCCACGUACAUCCUCGCGCUGCUCGGCUUCAAAGUCUCCCUCCUGACCUCGUAUCUGCGGAUCGGGGGCUUCGUGGCAGCGUACCGGUGGACGAUCAUCGCGGUCGUGCUGGCGGUGGUGUGUAACCAGCUGGUGUUCACAUUCCUGUUGACGCUGGCGUGCAAGCCGAUCGCCAAGCAAUGGGACACGAGCCUCCCGGGAACCUGCAUUGACACGGUGGCUUCAUACUACGGAACAAGCCUAGGCCUGGACAUUGUGAUUAUCGCCCUUCCCUUGCCCGUCCUCUGGUCCUUGCAACUCCGUCGACCACAGAAGAUCGCCCUAAUCGUCAUCUUCGCCCUCGGCUUCUUCGUUACCAUCAUCCAAAUCAUCCGGAUCUUCUCAAUUAGGAACCUAAAAACCUACACAGACAGCCAACCGAUCGUACUCUGGUCCGACGUCGAGAUCAGCCUGGGCGUAAUCAUCGCCUGCAUCCCGACAUACGGGCCCUACUUCCACUCCUUCGCCUCCACCCUGUCCUCGGGCUACACCUCACGCCGCCGAAAGCGCACCGCCGGCGGCCAUCCAUCGCAGAGUCGCACGCUAGAGAACAAUCACCACCCCCAUUCAUACCGGCUCAGCGGGCUGCGACGCACACACCGCCAUCAGAGCCAGAUGAUCCCUUCUGAGACGGACGAGCAAGAUGGCUUUCCGGCUACGACGGGCGUCAGGCGGCAGCAGCAGCAGCAGCAGCAGCAACCUUGGGAGAAUGUGGGUGGCGCGGUGACGACGACGAUUGGGCGGGGGAGUGGUGAUGGGAGUUCGAUUGAGAGUGCUGGGGGCCGGGAGCACGAGCGGAGUCAGGUUGUGGGCGACAUAAGGCGCGAGGAGGAGAGGGAGGGCCAUUUGCAGAUUCAAAAGGUUAUGGAGGUUGAGGUGCGGGUUGAGUAG